ACGUUAUGUCAGAGUCACAUGAUUAAACAGGAAGAAAGGCGAUCGGUUCCGGACCGAACCAGCUGCUGAUUGAAACCGAGUCCGAACCUGGAUUUUACUUUGAAAGAAUCAGCGCGAGGGAAGUAUGGAGGAUGAUGAACUUCCGCCAGAGGAUGGGCUGGGUGGGCGUGGCUCUCUUCCUGCUGCUCAGCAUCAUGGCCGCCUACUUGGUGUUUGAGGUGGUCAGUCUGGAGCGCGUGCAGAGCGACGGCUCGUUGGUGCUGCCCCCCGCCGUUUCCGCCCACCUGCCGCCACUUCCUGUGUGGGCGUGGGCCUCCGUCUUCCUGGUGCCGUACCUGCAGCUCUUCCUCUUCCUGUUUUCGUGCACCAGGGCGGAUCCCCGCGCCGUCGGCUACUGCGUGCUUCCUGUCUGCAUCUUCCUGCUGUGCAGUCGCCGUGGCGCGCCCAAACCAGCCAAUCACAGAGCCGGAUUGCUCAUUCACAUGUAGAGACAGAUGGACGUGUGAUGUCACUUCCUGUUCCAGUAAACAAACGUAGCAUCU